AUGCUUUUGGAGCUGGACAGACACUUUACCUUGAUUAACCGUAUUUUGCUUGAUACAGGUUUAAUAAAAGCUUGUCUGUUUUACCCAUUUGUGCUCUUUGUCCUCGGCGUGCUAACCAGUUUUAAGCGAACGCAUCACACGAGGGGUUGGCUUCUACUAGGACUAGCAGUUACAUUCUUCGUUGAAAUCAGCUCCAGAAUGUAUUGGUACGGGUUAGAUUUAGAUAAACAAGUGAUGAUGGGUAAAAAUUCGUUCUUAGUUGUUGCAGUUCUCAGGCUUCUGUACUCCGCUUUCACUUACAGGGAUAAGAAAGUGCUAGACCAUCAAAUGAUAAUGAGCCUGAUUGAGAAGCUUGGUGCAAUAGAAGAAAGGACGAAACAGAUGGGCUUGGAAAUGGAGAGCACCGACGAUGAAGAUGAUGACGAUAUUGAUUUUUUAACUUGGAUAGAUGAAGAUUUACCAGAAGACAACUGCAUGGAUCCUGAUUUCAUGUUGCCGGAAAGACUUGCAGAAAAUUCAAUUACAACAAGUUCUUUUUCAAGAAAAUAUGGAUAUGCGGCCUCGGCCCUCAUCUCCGCCGAUGAAAUACAUUCACAAAUACUAGUAUUGUCAAAAUAAUAAACUCUAAUGUGUAAAAAUAGCCUCCUCUGGAAAUAGACUUCCAA